AUGCUGUACGAGUUCACGAGCUCGAUGGAGGAUGCUCCUCGGCUGGCAAGAGAUGUGCUCACCGAGCUCAGUGCUCUUACCGUUUCACUAGGCCAUAUGCAGACCUACGUCCUAGGUGCUGCUCAGGUUUCUCCUGCGCGCGCGUCACUCAUACUGCUUAAGCAUAUGCUGGUCACGUUGACUGGCUGCGUUACUACCUACUCAGAAUUGGAGACUGUCAUGAAGGGAUUAAGCGUCGGGUCGUCAAAGGUAUAUGUCAGGCUCAGGUGGACGAUGAGAGAGAAAUAUAUACCCGAUAUCCUGUGGCGAUUGCAGAUGCACAAGUCAUCCCUGGCCUUGAUGCUCAAUAUCAUCCAAUGCAACUCGAUGUCGGAAGCCGAAAGGCAGUCAGAUAACCUAUGCGAUCUAAUCAAUCAGGUCUUGCGCAGUAAUGAGGCGAUGCUAUUACGACUUCGUAAUCUAGAGGAGCGCGACAACCAUUUGUCCCAGUCAGAGGCCACAGACCAGCAGUUACGUUCGAAGGAGCCUUCCUAUAGGUUGGCGACUCCUAUUCAUGACAGAGAACAGGAAGAUGAAGAGACGGACGAUACUGUUGCAAGUAGCGCCCCAAGAUUUACCUUCGAAGACGACCUUUCAGAGCUCUGGGGUCUACAGGAGAACCCUUCGAAAUGA